UCAACAGGGCGGCGGAGCAGGAGAGCCGGAGCAGGAGGAGGAGAGGAAAAGAGGAGGAACAAACACACACACACGGAGCCGAGAGCACGCGGAGCGCACCUGCGCGCUGAAAGAGAAGGAGAGACAGCAAAGGAGAGAGAGAUGAAGGAGAAGAGUUUGAUCGAGACGGCGACCAUGCAGGGAAACGUGCUGGAGCUGGUGGGCAGUAACCCUCCGCAGAGGAACUGGAAGGGAAUAGCGAUUGCUCUGCUUGUCAUUCUGGUCAUCUGCUCUUUAAUUGUCACCUCCGUCAUCCUGCUGACUCCAGGUGAAGAUGAUAGCCUGGCUCUGAAGGGGAAAGUGACGGUGGAGGACAUCUUCAAGAAAGACUUCAGAGUUCAUGACCCUGAAGCUAAAUGGAUCAGCGGUCAGGAGCUGCUGUAUCGUACUCGUGAAGGUGAUGUGGUGAAGUUCAAUGUGGAAACAAAUGACACAACAGUGCUGGUUCCCAACAGGAAGUUUGAAAUGUAUAAGGCCAGCAAGUACGAAGUGUCUCCAGAUAUGAAGCAUGUUUUGCUGGCCUACAACGUGCAGCCGGUCUAUCAGUACUCCUUCACUGCGUACUACAUCAUCUGUAGUUUGGAGACCCCGGAAACGUGGAUGCUGAAUCCUCCAGAAGUGCGAAACGCUCAUCUUCAGUAUGCUGGAUGGGGGCCACAGGGGCAGCAGCUGAUUUUCAUCUUUGAGAAUAAUAUCUACUACCGGGCCACCAUAGAGAACCGCUCCAUCCGCCUGGUUUCCACCGGCAAAGAGGGAGUGAUAUUCAACGGCCUCAGUGACUGGCUUUAUGAAGAGGAGAUCUUCCAGUCCCACAUUGCUCACUGGUGGUCUCCAGAUGGCGCCCGGCUGGCAUAUGCCACCAUCAACGACACGCUGGUGCCCAGGAUGGAGGUGCCCAUGUUCACAGGAUCACCGUACCCAACGGGCAGAGAGUACCACUACCCUAAAGCAGGAGAGGAGAACCCGGUCAUCUCUCUGUAUGUGGUCAACCUGAACGGCCCCCUGCACACCAUCGAGAUGAAGAGACCAGAGGACCAGAGGAUAGGAGAGUACUAUGUUACCAUGGUGAAGUGGGCCACGAGCACAAAACUGGCGGUGAACUGGUUAAACAGAGCCCAGAACAUCUCCAUUCUGACCCUGUGUGAGGCCACUACAGGAGUCUGUACAAAGAAACAUGAAGAUGAGAGUGAGGGCUGGCUGCACAGACAGAAUGAGGCUCCGUUGUUCUCCAAAGACGGGCUGAAGUUGUUCUUCACACGACCAAUCCCACAGGGUGGCCGAGGGAAGUUCUUCCAUAUCUCCAUGGCCAUCUCACAGCACAACACCAGCUCAGACACGCUGCUGUCCAUAACAUCAGGCGACUGGGACGUGACUCAGGUUCUGGCCUACAACGAGCAGAGCCAGCUAAUAUACUUCCUGAGCACAGAGGACGACCCUAAACGACGACAUCUGUACAGCGCGGACACGGUCGGCCCCUUCAACCGCCGCUGUCUCUCCUGUGAUUUUUCCGACAGCUGUGGAUACGUGAGCGGCUCCUUCAGCCACGACAUGGCCUACUUCCUCCUCAGCUGUAGAGGUCCUACAGUUCCAUUUGUGGCCAUCUAUAGCAUUCAGGACAGACAGAAGCUGUUCGACAUCGAGCUGAACCUGAACCUCCGGCGGACCGUGGACUCCAUGCAGAUGCCCCGAGUGGAAUACAGAGAGAUAGACAUUGACGACUACACUCUGACCAUGCAGAUCCUGAAACCGGCCGGCUUCAUAGAAACAGCACACUACCCUAUACUACUACUAGUAGACAGUACUCCAGGUGGGCAGUCGAUCUCAGAGCAGUUCCAGGUGGACUGGGCUACAGUGCUGGUCAGCAGUUUCGGUGUUAUCGCGAUGCGUUUUGACGGCCGUGGAAGCGGCUUCCAGGGCACCAACCUCCUCCACAAGGUUCAGCGCAGGCUGGGCAGGUUCGAGGAGGAGGACCAGCUGAAGGCCCUCAGUGCUUUAAUAAAAGAGCCGUACAUCGACAAAACCAGGAUUGGAGCUUUCGGACAGGUGUAUGGAGGAUACAUCACCAGCCUUCUGCUCAGCUCUGAAGACUCUGUACUGAAGUGUGGAGCUGUUCUCUCACCCAUCACUGACUUCGAACUCUACGCGUCUGCGUUUUCAGAACGAUACCUGGGGCUUCCUAAACCAGACAGGCGGGCGUACGAGAUGACCAACCUUGCAUACCGGGCGUCUCAGUUUGUGGAUAAGAAGUUUUUGAUCGUUCAUCCGACAGCAGACGAGAAAGUACAUUUUCAGCACACAGCCAAAUUCAUCUCCAAGCUAAUCAGCGAGAAAGCCAACUACACUCUACAGAUCUACCCAGAUGAGGGUCACUUCAUCCACAACGAGGAGACAAGGCAGCACCUCAGCCAGUCGCUGGUCAACUUUUUCGAAGAAUGCUUCAGACUACCGGACUACAUCUUUGAGGAGGCUCUGGAGGAAGAGAGCGAAGACGAGGGUUAGCCACACCCCCUCUGGCCCAUGGCACCCAAGCACAAAGCCAGCUCCUUUUGCCACACAAUAUGCAACCCAUCUGUUUUUUGGACCUCCGUUUUGUUUUUCUUCUCAUUUUUCAUAUUUUUCCCCCAGUUUGCCCUCCAAGGUCAUCGUCAUCAUUUAGCCCACUGUAACCCGAGACUGCCCCCCGGUGGAUGCUUGCUUCUCGUCCCCUGCUGCUCCCUUUCUGCUAGACUUUGGCUCUGCAGACUGCAGACGUCUGGCUGACGACCCAAACUGCCUCUUCAGCAGGCCAGGGGGUCAGGGGGCCAAGAGAACGAGGAGGAGGUGGUCUCCGGCCUGUCUGUCAUUUUUGAUGGACAAGCUGCUCUGAUGUUGACGUUAACGGACUGCUGGAGGCAGUUACCAUCGACGCCCCCGCCCCGCCACAACCUUCCUUCAGACUCAAAGGAAAGAGGGGUUUUAUAGCACAAAGUCUGGAGACUGAGCGUGAAGACUCUGCUGAUGGUGCUGGUUUGGGAGUUGGGAAGAUAUUCUGGGU